AUGUCGGUAAGUAAAACUGAAGUUACAGAUCAUUCGACAACAAACAAUGUCGAACAUACUACAUUGUCAUCAACGUUUACUGAUGAAAGUAUUCAUUCAACAGAUUCUGAUAUUAGUAAUGCUACAUCAAUUAAUGGGAAAGAAACUCAUCAAAAUUCAUUAUCAAACAAUGAUGUUGAUGAACUAGCUGGCCGAUUGGGUGCAUUAGAUUAUAGUAAGUAUCCUUUAGAUCAACAAGAUUCAACUUCAGAACAUAUUCAACACGAUCAUCCUGCACAAAUCCCGCAUGAACAAGAUACAACGAUGGAAUAUUUAAAAUCCUCUACACCACCUUCAUCAAACUCUGUGAUUAAUAAUGAAAAUCAUUCUUCUGAAAAUUCACCACUGAUUGACAUUCACGAAUAUCCACCUCAUCUUGUUGCAAUUGUUGAACAACAAGAAUUAGCGCCACAAAACUCUCAAUAUGUAACUAUUGGAAAUUGGUCUUCCUAUGAAACAUCUUCUGAAGAAUCUAUUACAGUCCAACAAAUUAAACAAUUAAUGCAAAGACUAGCAGCAGAAAAUACGGCUUAUGCAUAUGAUGUUCCUCAUGUUACAACUAUUAUUAAAGAUCCAUAUGUUGAUGAUGCUCACAGUAAUCCAAAUCUAGCAUCAAAUGAAUAUGUUAUAGAUAUAGACCCAAUAGUUAGUACGGGAAAUGAUCAUCUACAAAUGACUCACAUGGAACCAACACAUUUUUCAUCAAUAAAAAACCAUUAUUAUGAUUCAAAAGUUAUUGACUUGAAUAUUAAUAGUGAACCACCGAUAAUUUACGAGACAAAUGAUGAAUUAAAUGCAUCUCAAUUGAUAGUGGAUGAAAAUGGUGAAUACAUAGACAUAGGUGCAGAAGAAAUCAUCGUAUCUGAAAAAUACUAUCCGAAUACAAAUGAUGUCUAUCAAUCAAAUGUUUUACAUGAAGAAUAUGUUCAUAAUUAA